GAGCCAGCCACACAGCCACCCCAGUUCCUGCUUUUAUAUGGAAACCUCACAUAUUUAAAGAGAAUUAUGCCUUCUUUUUGUCCUCUCUUUUCAGUCUAAAGUUUUCCUUUUGGGUGAUGUCUUCCAAAUAUUUGUGUGUAUUAUGUAUAAUGUAGUGGUUUCCAACCAGGGCAGUUCUGCUCCCCACAGGGACAUUUGGCAGUUCUGGGAGAUAUUUUUGGUUGUUACAACUGGAAGGCUGCUCCUGGCAUCUUGUGGGUAGAGCCCAGGGUUACCAUUAAACAUCCUGUAGUGCACCAGACAACUCCCUCGCACAGACACUACUGCCCGGAACGUCACCAGUAUGGAUGUUGAAACCCCUGGCAUAUGAGACUUCAUUAUUAUGCGUUUUCUUUUCUUUCCCCAUGUCUCUAGUGGUUGGGAAUAGUGUAUGGACCAAGAAAGCUGCACAGGGAUUCAGAAGGGGAUGAGACACAAGUCAGACUCUGUGGCUUCAGGCAAACAAGCUGAUCUCUUAAGUAAAACUGCCUCCUUCCAGUGCAGAGCAAUUGUAUGCAAUGAGAAGAUUUUGAACCCGUAAGAAAGAUGAUCCUAGAAUGGUUUUUACUAAUUACACAACCACAUGUGUAGUUUCUGCUCCAUUCUGAGAAACACAAACAAUUAUGUUUCAUUCUACUCUUGCUGUUCGUGAGGAGGAAGGAAAUAUUUUGUUUUGCUUCUGUGUUCCUGCAGGUAGGAAGCCAAGGCGUAGUUAGGUGAGGUAGUUGGGGGAGUUGAAGUCCGUGGAGUGGCGGAGCUGGGAGGAGGCUGCAGGCCGCUCCCGCCCGGAGGGCUUGUUCUCCCAUUUAACUGCGCAAUGGACUUGGCUGUUCCUCGUCAUACAGGAAAGCAGCUGUCUGCAGCGCCCCCUCUGGAUUUCCUGCGGACUGUGUCUUGCAGGAGCAGUUCUUCAUUUCUCAGCGAGAUCCGGCCGGGUGUACUACAGACUGAACUCCAUUCUGACGCUGUCUACAUGGAGAGGCUGCAGAUCCCACUGGACUUUGAAGCCAGCUUCAUAAGGCUGUUGGACAAAAUAACUAAUGGUUCUCGGAUUGAAAUAAACCAAACCGGAACGACCUUGUAUUACCAGCCUGGCCUCCUGUAUGGUGGGUCUGUGGAACAUGACUGUAAUGUCCUUCGCAGCAUUGGCUACUACCUGGAGAGUCUUCUUUGCCUGGCUCCGUUUAUGAAGCACCCGUUAAGAAUCGUUCUUCGAGGAGUAACCAAUGACCAGGUUGACCCUUCGGUUGAUGUUCUUAAGGCAACAGCCCUUCCUCUGUUGAAGCAGUUUGGAGUUGAUGGUGAACCGUUUGAGCUAAAGGUGCUGCGACGGGGAAUGCCUCCUGGAGGAGGAGGGGAAGUGCUCUUCUCGUGUCCUGUCAGGAAGGUCCUGAGGCCGGUCCAGCUCACAGACCCGGGGAAGAUCAGGCGGAUCCGAGGGAUUGCGUACUCCGUGCGCGUGUCACCGCAGAUGGCCAACCGGGUCGUGGAUUCCGCAAGGAGCAUCCUCAACAAGUUUAUCCCCGAUAUCUAUAUUUACACAGACCACAUGAAAGGAGUCAACUCUGGGAAGUCUCCAGGUUUUGGGUUGUCACUGGUUGCUGAGACCACCAAUGGCACCUUCCUCAGUGCUGAAUUGGCCUCCAACCCCCAGGGCCAGGGCGCAACAGUGCUUCCGGAGGACCUCGGCAGGAACUGUGCCAAGCUGCUGCUCGAGGAGAUCUAUAGGGGUGGAUGUGUGGACUCGACCAAUCAGAGCCUAGCUCUGUUGCUUAUGACCCUUGGACAGCAGGAUGUCUCCAAAGUCCUCCUCGGACCGCUGUCUCCCUACACGAUAGAAUUUUUGCGGCAUUUGAAGACCUUUUUCCAGAUUAUGUUUAAAAUUGAAACCAAGCCAUGUGGUGAAGAACUCAAGGGUGGGGAUAAAGUGCUGAUGACCUGUGUUGGCAUUGGUUUCUCCAACCUUAGCAAGACCCUCAAGUGAUACUCUCACCAGACAAGGCCCCAACGCCUACAAGCAAAGCAGAAACUGCCACGGACACCCGACAGGACCACGUCCAAAUUCAUCCAGGACAGGUUAUGCUCUUACAUUAAGGAUUUCUUAACUUUCCAUUAAAAAAAAAAAAAAAAAAUCAGUAUAUUCGAAGAAAAGACAUCUCUGUAUCAUGUGGCUUCUAGCUGUUUUUGCGGUGGCGCUGACAUUCCUCAGAAGGCCCAGUCACAGCGAAUGCACCCUUGGCUCACCUGAUGACAAGUAUGCCUUCAGGACACAGUUGUGCCGCUAGAACAACCUCCCACUGCAUUCCGGGGCUUCCGGCGUGUGGAGCCUGUCACCGUUCUUCCUGCAAGGGCUGACGUGCUGAGCCUUGGUUUCCGGGUAGGGGUUACUGAGAUUACACAGGGCGAGGUGCACUGCUCGCGCGUGUCAGGAUCCGUCUGUGAAGCUCGCUGGUGCCUCGUCCUCUGAGUGGACUGACGUCUCGGAGGCAGGUGUCGCCCCCCUGUCUGGCUCAUCAUGUGUGUGUGGGGCGAGCAGUGCCUGGGGAGGGCAGGGGUCCAUUAAAGUUAUUGGAUAUUUUCUCUA